AGGGAGGUGGCGCGCAUGUGCCCACAAAUAGAGCUGGCCGGUGCGAGAGGAGUUCAGUAUCCUUUGAGACUUCGCGAGGUGUGGGUCAAAUUGGACGGACGACAAGGAAGUGGUACGAUGUCUGUUAAGCAAAAGUUAACGAAGGAGGAGACAUUGCAGCUGAGGAAGAAACACAUUGGACCCUCGUGCAAACUAUUUUUCCGAUCGGACCCGCUGAAGAUCGUGCGCGCAGCUGGGUGUUACAUGUACGAUGAGAAAGGAUGCAGGUAUUUGGACUGCAUCAACAAUGUCUGUCAUGUUGGCCAUUGUCAUCCACAAGUGGUAUCUGCCGCAGUUGAGCAGAUGAGUGUCCUGAACACAAAUAGUCGAUUCCUUCAUGAUAAUUUGGUUCUCUACGCGGAAAGAUUGACGUCUCUUUUCCCCGAAAAGCUAAAUGUUUGCUUCUUCGUCAAUUCUGGAAGUGAGGCCAACGACCUUGCAAUACGACUGGCAAGAACACACACAGGAAAGAAGGAUGUGAUAACCCUAGAUCAUGCAUACCAUGGGCAUGUCACAUCCCUUAUUGACAUUUCUCCAUAUAAAUUCAACCAUCCUGGGGGAGAAGGCCAGCGUGACUGGGUCCAUGUUGCUCCAGUUCCUGAUGUGUAUCGAGGAAAGUACACAGACAAAGACUUCACAGUAGAAGAGUGUACAAAAAAGUAUGCAGAUGAAGUGAAACAGCUGUGUGACAAGGCUACCAAACUCCACGGUGGAGUAAGCAUCUUCUUCGCAGAAUCUAUGCAGAGCUGUGGUGGACAGAUUGUUUAUCCACCUGGUUACCUGCGUCAGGUUUAUAGCCAUGUGAGAGCAGCAGGUGGUGUGUGUUUGGCAGAUGAGGUCCAGGUUGGGUUUGGAAGAGUUGGUUCUCACAUGUGGGCCUUCCAGACACAGGGAGAUGACAUAGUUCCAGACAUUGUAACCCUUGGAAAGCCUAUGGGGAAUGGCCAUCCUGUGUCAGCUGUCAUUACAACAAGGGAAAUUGCUGAAAGCUUUGGAGCUACAGGAAUGGAAUACUUCAACACGUUCGGUGGCAAUCCUGUGUCCGCCGCUAUUGCAAAUGCUGUUCUCGAUGCCAUUGAGAAAGAAAAUCUAUUGGAUAAUGCUACAAAAAUUGGAAACUUCCUAAAGCAAGAAUUUAACCGGCUUAAAGGAAAACAUGCCAUUAUUGGUGAUGUACGAGGCGAAGGAAUGUUCUUGGGGGUGGAUUUGGUAAAAAACAGAGAGACACGGGAACCUGCCACUGCUGAGGCUGCUUUCAUUAACAAAAGAUUAAAGGAGCAAUACGUGCUGCUGAGCAAUGAUGGCCCUUACAGAAAUGUUCUGAAGUUCAAAAGCCCAAUGGUCUUUGGAAUGGAAGAUGCUAAAGAGCUUGUUGAAAAACUGGAUGCCAUCAUGACAGAGAUGGAAGCAGCAGAGAACAUAGUAACAAAUGGCAUGGAGAAACUGAUGGUGAAUGGUAACCAUGACCCCAGGCAGCAGCAGCAGCUCACAAAUGGCCAUGCAAAUAAUAAUAUUGAUGCACCCAGUGAAAUUCAAGUUAAAGUGUGACAUACUAACCCUAGUGGCAGCAGCAGGGCCAGUCAGAUGUAGUAAUUGUUCCUUCCACAGCACUGUAUUGGAAGUGUGCUUUCAAACUGCCUUGGUAUACAGUGAUAACCAUUUGUCAAAAUAAAUGAAUUUAAAAGGCAAUAAAAAGGAAAGUUGUUUCUUUGUUCUUAUCGUGAAUUUCUUCAACAUUCCAAUUGCUUUUAAUAUUUAGCUAAAUAUUUUGAAUUAUUAGUGUGAAUGCUGUAUCUGGUUUUCUUUAUCUUUUAAAUGAAUAUAUACAAUCAAAAAUUGCAUACAUUGAAUUAUUGUUUUGUAGCUGGUAUGCUGAUUGAGUGAUCAGCAUACAGAUUGCAUGUUAAUUAUUUCUUUGGCAAUUGUAUAAAUAGGAUGUUUAUAUCAAUACAUAUAUUUUGUAUAUACCAUUUAUAAACCCAAUGACUAUGUUGCAAAUUUUAGUGUAAAUUACAUUAGUACUUGAUUAAAAAAUGCACAAUUA